GUAAUGAAAAUAAUGAAUGAAUUUAUCGACAAAAUAAAGUUAAUUAUAUAAUAUUUUUUAAAAAUAUAGAUAUUAAAUGUAUACCUAAAUUUUUAUUAAAAAAAUGGCGGCAAAUAAGUGCCUAUUAUGGACUAUUUGCCUAUUUUUUACAUUAAUUGGUAUACUAACGCAAGGGUAUGCCGUCAAAGCACAAGAAGGUAAAUCAUCCAAUCAGGUGGCCGUACAGCGUCCGGUCAAACUACAGGUGUCCGAUGCAAAACCCGAACCCACACCGCCGUCAUCGUCGCUGUUGAAGACACGGGUUGUAGUUGUACAUAACAAUAUGGUACCGGUGCCUAUUGAAUGUUUUCAACCGCCCGAUUCGGGCACCUGUAGCAAAGAUUUAGCCCGUAUUUACUACGAUCACGAAACCCGUACCUGCAAACCGUUUUCCUAUACGGGUUGCGGCGGUAAUGCCAAUCGAUUUCAGAGUAUUAAAAAUUGUUAUCGUAUUUGUCAUCCGUAUAGAUACAAAAUUAGACCACAGGUGGCACACGACCGAUCCAAUAAAGGUAACCAAGCGCUCAAAAUUAGACGGGUACCAGUGCAUCCCGUUGGGCAUGGCACUCCUCAAGCAACCUAUGCUAUGGGUCAACAACAGGCUAAUUAUGGUAUGGGUCAACAACAGACUAAUUAUGCUAUGGGUCAACAACAGGUCAAUUAUGCUAUGAGGCCUCAACCGGCCAAUUAUGCUGUGGCUAAUCAAGCAGCUAAUUAUGGUAUGGGACAAUAUGGUGCACAACAUGUCAAUUAUGGGGUUAAACCUGGUGAUCCAAAUUGUCCAAAACCAGUAGCCAACUACGCUCGACCUAUGCCUCCACCACCUCCUCCUCCUCCACGUCCAACUUUCUGUCCGUCUCCUAAACCUACUUACUGUCCUAAACCAGUAGCCAAUUAUGCUCAGCCACCACCACCACCACCACCUCCUCCUCCUCCUCCAAAACCAACAUUUUGUCCAAAACCAGUAGCAAACUAUGCUCGACCACCACCUCCUCCGCCUCCUACACCUCCAAAACCAAUUUUCUGUCCGCCUAAACCUACAUUCUGUCCUAAACCAGUUGCCAAUUAUGCGCGACCACCACCACCACCUCCUCCUCCUCCAAAACCGACAUUUUGUCCUAAACCGGUAGCAAACUAUGCUAGACCGCCACCUCCACCACCCCCUCCAAAACCAACAUUUUGUCCUAAACCGGUAGCAAACUAUGCUAGACCGCCACCUCCACCACCCCCUCCAAGACCAACGUUUUGUCCGCCUAAACCAACUUUCUGUCCUAAACCAGUUGCCAAUUAUGCGCGACCACCCCCACCGCCUCCUCCUCCACCACCACCACCACCCACAGCGUGUCCCAAACCACAACCUCCGCCAACAUACUGUCCACCUGGUAGUCGACCAUUUUCUCAACAUGGUCAUCGUCCUGGUGGUCAUAAUUAUCAUCCAUCUAAUUACGGUGCACCACAUCAUUCAAGUUACAAUUAUAUGGGUAAUGGCCAUAAAAGUCCUAAUUAUGGAGCCUAUGGUGCCGGCCAUGGUGCUCAUCAACCAAAUUAUGGUGCUUAUGGUACUGGCCAUGGAGCUCAUCAACCAAAUUAUGGUGCUUAUGGUACUGGCCAUGGAGCUCAUCAACCAAAUUAUGGUGCUUAUGGUACUGGCCAUGGAGCUCAUCAACCAAAUUAUGGAGCUUAUGGUGCCGGCCAUGGCGUACCUCAAGCAAAUCAUGGUGCUUAUGGUACUGGCCAUGGUGUACCUCAAGCAAAUCAUGGUGCUUAUGGUGCCAGCCAUGGUGCUCAUCAAGCAAAUUAUGGAGCUCAGGGUAGUGGCCAGGGUGCCGCUCAUGCAAAUAAUGGAGCUCGGGGUAGUGGCCAGGGUGCCUCUCAUGCAAAUUAUGCUGCAGAAAAUGCUAGUAAAAAGUCAAAAGGUUGAAUCAAAAAUAAUAAUAAUUAAUAUUCAUUAUAAAU